AUCCACACCAUCAAGAAAUUAAACUUGGUUUGGCAGCUUCAUCUGAAGACUAGGAAGUCUUUGCAAGCCAAAAGAGCACAGUGGCACUGAAUUGGGUGACUUUGUUUUUAAAUACAAACUUCACUUGCUCUGCUUAUUCUGCUCUGUUCUCUGAAUGCAAAAAACCAUCUGAUAAUCUGGUUUCCAAAACAUUUGAAGGAGAAGGAGGAGGGAUGAGAAACAUCAGCAGCAGCAGCACCACCACAACCACCGCACAAUCGGUGCCGGACAUGGUGGUUGCGAUCAGAUUCCAUCCCACCGAAGAUGAAAAGGUCAACUUCUUGAGCAAGAAGAUGAAAAGUCACAACUCUCAAGCCUGCCUCUUCCUCCCUGUCAUCGAUGUCCGCAAGUUCGAGCCUUGGGAAUUGCCUGAGCACAUGUUCCCUGAUUCUCCACAUCAUGCUAAGGCGUGGUACUCCUUCAGCCCGUGUGAUUACAAAUCCAUCAAUAGUCGUCGCUUCAAUAGGGAAACAAAGAAAGGCUCUUGGAAGAUGAACAGCAAGCAACGGGAUGUGGGCACGAAAUAUUUCACUUGCAAAAAGAGGACAUUAACCUUCCAAAUAAAGACCUUCCAAGAAGGUAGUAAGUCUAAAUCCAUUCCGACCGGCUGGAAAAUGCACGAGUACAUUUGCAUUAAACCUAAACGGGGUUCUAGUCCCCAUCAGGAGAGGGAUCAGCGAAGGGACCUUGUUCUCUGCGUCCUGAAGUAUAAGCCAGUUGAUUCUAAGUCUAAUACGGGUACUUCGAUCCGGGGUGAUUUUGCUGACAGUACUGGUAAUCGUGGCUACAUUGCCUCUAGUUCCGGAGAUGAUGAAUCUGCUGUUGCUGCUGCAUUGAAUCAAGAUGAUGGUGAACCUGGUGGCGGCAGCAGCUCAUCUGAUUUUAUUAAUAAAUCUCUAUGCGACAUGAUUCAAGAGUGGCAGUCAUAUGCUCCGGCAGGAGAAUGUCUGAAUUCACUCCUUCCUCUUCCUGAACAACCUCAUCUUGGACAUUCUCUUGAUAUCUAUAGUCAUGAAGUGGUUGAUCCUGGUACUGGUGGCUGCAUCACCUAUAAUUCUGAUAACCAAGCUGCUGCAACGAAUCAUAUUAUUCCCAACACAGAAGAAAUUCUUGCAUGCAAACAGCUAGAAGGAAGUGCUGUGCUUGGCAGUGGCAAUCAUGAUGACGGUGAACCUGGUAGCCGUAUUUCAUCUGAUUUUAAUGACCAUGCAGUAGAUGAUAUGCAGGAGUUUAAUCAGCUAGACAAACUUUUGGAUUUGCCCUUAUCUCCUCCUGAGCUGUCUCAACCACACCAGCUGGAAAAUGUUCCGGGCGUCCAUAGUGGCAAAUUCAGUAACUGGCCAUCUCCAAUUGGGGUUAAUACUUCUUAUGUUACUAAUAAGAAUAAUAUUGCAACCAAUUACGAAAACGAACCAGUUAUCAACAUCGCUUUUAAUCGAGCUACAGAUGAAAGGAUUUCCGAGGUUUAUUCUCAGGCAGAAGAAAAUCUGGGUUUACCCUUUCAACCAUUUGAUCAGCUACAAAAUUACGCAUGGCAAUCACCAAUGUUGUUCUCAGAAGUGGGAGAGCUUCUGCCUGCCAAUAACUAUAUUGGAUGCAACGAGUCGCAAUUUCUAGAUAUGGAGGUUGCGACUUUUUUCCCACAAAGUUCUUGAAUAACAGAGGCAUCGUACACUCUUUCCAAUGGCUCCAACCUACAAGAGUCAUUGAGAUGGGUGUAUGAUGGGCAUAGUGGAGUAACCCAGUGAUACCAACGCUGAGUUACUCCACUGACGUGCAAAAGAUUAUUCUGCAUUAGCUAUUGGAGAAACACUCCAAUAUUGUUAAUGAACAACGAUUUUCUUAUCUGUAGGAGAAUAUCAAGAGUGCCUUGUGAGAAUGUGUCUCCAACUCACAUUGUUACACCGUUAUAUUCUCCUACAAAUAAUUCAAAAACAUUCGCAGUUAUCAACAUUUCUGCAACCAGAUUUUCUGGGAACUUAUUCGUAGGUAUGGACAUUUAUGUCCAGGAACCACAACAUAAGUUAUGUAGUCCUUGACACACAGCAUUGGUUUUGGGCAAUUAUGUCCCAAGUCAUUGUUGUUUGUCACAGAAUCCCCAAGUCUUGUAUACUUCAACCUUGUUAGGUGAACUUUUGUUGGUACAAAGGAACACCAGGAAAUGCAAAUGGUUGAAAUGCUGUCCGGAAUUCUACCCUUCUCCGAACACGAUGAGUCCAGACAAUGUAGUAAUAUCUUCUCUCGCAAGCGUUAUUCGAAGAUGGUACUUCCUCUUUCAACACCACUGCAGAUAUUCCUCAGACGAGUAGCUCUUCGACCGGAAUUCUACCCUUCUCUGAACACGAUGAGUCCAGACAAUGUGGUAAUGUCUUUUCUCACAAGCUUUAUUCGAAGAUGGUACUUCCUCUUUCAACACCACUGCAGAUAUUCCUCAGACGAGUAGCUCUUCAACCGGAAUUCUACCCUUCUCCGAACACGAUGAGUCCAGACAAUGUAGUAAUGUCUUUUCUCACAAGCGUUAUUUGAAGAAGGUACUUCCUCUUUCAACACCAUUACAGAUAUUCCUCAGACGAGUAGCUCUCUAUCCUACAAGUCAAACAACACACAACCGCAAUAUCCACCAACAUCCAUCCCUGUCUGCCCACAUGGAGAUGCUCCAAGAAGAAUCCGAAUGCAGAGCAGUGUCACGAAACAAGGACAGUGAAGCUGCAGCUAGCGCAUUGUAUUGCUUUCUGCUCAUACCGUUCGAAGCAGGCAUGGAAUGUGCAACGAAUUGAAGGGUUCUUUCAAUUUCCCGGAAGCAUCUCCAUUAAGCGAUGAAUCAAGUAGUCCACGGUAACACUAUUUCAGUUACAACCAAGUUCUAUGGUUUUCGGUCAAAAGCGGAUUUGCUUUGUUCCGCAUUCACUAUACAGGAGCUGCUGCUACAUGGCUGCUGGAGACUCAACUGAUGUAUAAACGUAACCAGACACUAAUGUGAUGCCAGGGUUAUGUAAAUAGAAUCUUUGAGUUCCAUCCUUGACGGAGUAGUAGUAACAUUUAUUUUUCAAAAGAAAAGUUGUAUGAUUAAUUAGAAGGUCUUAAACUUAUCAAUGACCUACUUUUAAGUGUGAAACACCGAAACUUGUAUCGUUGUUAUUGUUGCUUUUAUUAUGAUGUCAUUGAGAAUGUUGUAUCAAAAGAAAAUAUUCUUGUGAAUGUGGUUUAUUUCCAACA